GCGCAGUAGGACGCUCUUCUGCAUUGCGAUAUCUCCGGCGGUUUUCAGACGGGAACCGCCGCCCUAAAUUUGCAGCAACGCUUCCCAGUCGGGAACCGUCACCAUGGCGACUGCCGAGAGCACGCUGGAGCUUGUGGCGUCUGAAGUUGUCGCCCAAGUCCUCGCCGAGGUUGUCGCUGACGUGAUCGCCAACGACGAUCUCGCGCUACCCACGUCGCCGUCCGAGGCGCUGCGCAUCGACGUGCCGCUGGAUGACGAGACAAGUGCCGAGAAGGUGCCGCCCGAUGCGGUCGCGCUAAAGAUUGAUCCGUCGGUCGCGGACGGGUUUGCGCCCAACCUCGGGUCUCCGACGGGCGACCCGCAGCUGGGCGGGUACCCACCCGACUGCGGCACCAAGCACUACAAGUACCUUUCGUUCGCAAAGUGCCGGCGCGACCGCGGCCUCACGCACCCCAUGUGCUACUCGUCGACACUGGUCGACAAGAUGAACCACCCGGUGCCGGUGACGUACCCGGUCUGCGGCACGGACUUUGGCGCGCACUCGUUCCACAAGCUCCCGACCGACUCGAUGGUGCUGAGCAAGUAUGGCCUCGGCAUUGCUCUCUACUUCAAGUUCCUCAAAGUCAUGGCCUGGCUCUUCCUCGUCAUGUUCAUUCUGAGCGUGCCGGCGAUGGCCAUCUUUGUCAUCGGCGGCAGCAGCAACAUGGACGCCGUCACGCUCAAGAUCCAGAAAAACCCGAUCUCGGUCCUCGGCAUGACGAGCAUGGGCAACCUCGGCCAGCAAACCACCACGUGCGGCCACGCCAAGGUCGGCGAUGCCCUCACGCUCACGUGCGACUACGGCGAAAUUGGCAGCCUCGUCGCGUCGUACUCGAGCUACGACGACCAAGGCACUUGCGCGUGUCCUUCCCGGUAUGCGCCCAACGACCAAGGCGCGUGCCAGGCGAGCCCCGUGGACGUGAGUGGCGUCGCGACCUGCUUGGCGUCGGGCCACGGCUGCUACGCGGGCAACUACCCGUCCGUCAACAGUCCUUGCUGCGCGUUUGAGAAGAAUGCGGAUGGCAGCGCGAACUUCUCGGCGCUGCAAGUGCAAACGGUGGCUGGCUGCAGCGGCCCCUCGGCGCAGUCGAUCGUCCAAGGCCUCUGCCUCGGCCAAACCUCGUGCACGAUCAACGUCACCGAGUCGAGCGACUAUCUCUGGAAGGCCGACAGUUCGUGGAACACGACGUGUCCGCCCGGUGGCAACUCGAGCGUCUUUUGCAGCGCGGGACUUUUGGCGGGUGGCGACUUUUCGACCUGCCCGUCGCCGUCGACGCGCGGGCUCCUCGUCGUCGCGCAGUGCUUUACGACCCAAAUUGACAUUUCCAACUCAUGGGCGUUUCGCAUCAUGGGCUGGGACGCCAUCACGCGCCCCCUGUUUCUCAAGAUGGCUGUCGGCCUCGAUGUCAUCGCGUGCGCCGUCUUCCUCCUCAUGGUGGUCUGGAUGAAGCGACAAGAGGCAAAUGCGAUGGCACGCAUCGAGCACGAGCGCACAACGGUGCAGAAUUACACGGUGCAACUGCUGCACUUGCCAAAGCACACGGAUGUCCUCAAGCUCGGGGUCGACCUGGCGACGCACCUCGAGACGGUCCUCACUGCCAAGGAGCCCGUGUACAACCCGAUCCCAGUCAAGGUCGCCGACGUGCACUUUGGCAUGACGAACGCCGUCCAAAUCGACGUCAUGCGCAAGCGAGGGACGGUGGCAGCGCAGCUCUUUCUCGAGAACCAGCGCAUCGCCAAGUUCAAAGCGCUCCAGGAGAAGCUCAAGCCGCACAUCUUUGAGAAGCGGCUCGGGAAGCUCCUAAAAGCGUCACGCGCCUUGGACGAGAAGCUGCAAAAGCAUGACAAGUGGCUCGACGAGUGGGAGGCGGCGCAAAAAGGCAAAGGGCUCGUCGCGGUCACGGCCUACAUAACGUUCGAGGACGAAGAGGGCUACCUCCGCUGUCUGCGCGAGUACCCGAGUCUCGGCGUUUUGCACCGCCUCUUCCAGCCGUACCACAAACGCUUCAUGAAGAAGCGCAUGCGCAUCGAGCCCGCACCAGACCCGACCGACAUCAUCUGGGAGAACCUCGACUACUCGUGGGCGGCGCGCAUGUUGCGCGUGGUCUGCGUCAACAUUGUGGCGCUCGCACUCUUGCUGCUGAGUUUUCUCAUCAUUUACCUCGCAAAGACCAAGAAGAACGAGCUCACGGCCAAGUUUGCGACGCCACUUGCCUGCCCCGUUAACGUGACGCAGUGGGACGUCAUCCAGGAGCAAACCGCGUCGUCGUCGCCCGCAAUGGCCAUGGUCAUGUGCUACUGCAAGGCCGCUCUUCUCGCCACCGCGUCGUUACCAGCAACCAUGGACUUGGAGUUUUACAACCCCACGACCCAGACGUCGGCCAAGUACUGCAAGACGUGGGGCAGCGAGUACUUGACGAUCCAAGCGCUCAUGGUCGGGUCCGUCGUCGUUGUCGUCCUUGUCAACGCCCUCCUGACACCUGUCCUGCAGUACCUGGUGCGGCUCCAAAAAAGCCACACGCUCUCGGCCGUCAUUGUCUCGACCGUACGCAAAAUUUUCCUCGCCCAGUUCUUCAACACGACGCUCAUCGUGCUCUUCCUCAACGCCAACCUCAGCGGGAUCUCGACCACGUCGGAUACCGGGUUUCACUUUGUCGGCUUGUCGCUUUUGAACGGCAAGUACGCCGACUUUAGCGUCGACUGGUACAACGACGUGGGCGUCGCGCUGCUGCUGACGAUGCUCAUCAACGCCAUCUCGCCGCAGAUUGGCGUCUUUGUCACGUACCUUCUUCGGCAGGUUGCGCAGUGGCGGGACCGCAGCUUUACGUUCGACUUUACGCGAACUCGGCAAGAGACCCAGCGCGACCUCGAGGCGCUCUACCGCGGCCCCGAGUUUGACCUCGCGACGCGCUACUCUCAGAUCAUCAACACGAUCUUCAUUACGCUCCUCGUACGUCUAUCGAUACGUGGCUUGGAUGAUGCGAUUUGCUAGUUUUCGUCGGGCAUGCCGCUCAUGCUGCUCAUCGGGCUCUUCAGCAUCAUUAUCACGUACUGGACCGAUAAGUUUACAUUCCUGCGCGUCGUGCGGUCGCCGCCCCAGUACGACGGCCGGAUCGCGACCGUCGUGGGCUCAAUGCUACCGUACGCGAUCUUGCUGCAUAUGCUCUUUGGCAUCUGGAUGUACUCGAACACCAACAUCUUUCAAUCGCCGGCCACCGAGCUCACGCUUCAAGGCUACAAUCUCAACGCCGUGCUUGACAAGGGCGGCAAGGUCGUGACCCGUGCGACCGCGAUGCCUGCGGCGGUGCUCUUUGCUGCGGCCGUGGCCGGCGUGGCUGUUGUGGUUGUACGACUCGUUGUGUUUCAUUACCUCGGCGGUGCGCUACGCUCGGUGUUCCCCAUGUGCACGCGCAUGCUCAAGGAGACCAAGCCACCGCGGCACCUCCCAAACUACUUCGACGCGCUUCCGCUGCACGUCCUCUCGGACGGCUUGGGGUCAGCGAGCCUCAAGCCGUCGCUCAAGGCGGCGUACGCGGCUGCGAUAUCCCGCCGCAGCACCGAGGCGAAGGCGUCGUUGCAGCUCAGCGGGUGCCACUCGUACGACAUCUUGCACAACCCGAGCUACAAGGAGGCAUUCGGAGGCGGCGCGUUUGCGCGGCAGCUGCUCAAGUAGUCUACACGUGUACUAUAUUCUUGUCUGUAAGCUUCUUCAAUCUGCGUAAUAUUGUCUUUACGACCACC